AUGUCGUUGGUCUAUGUGUCUCUCUACAUGGCAUUUCUUGUUCUACUUGCUUUUCGGGUUAUAUCAUAUUUCGAUGUCACGGAUGGUACCUUCAUUGACGCACUUUAUAUUACUUCCGUUACGCUAUUCACUGUGGGUUUUGGGGAUAUUGCUCCUAAGUGGAGCGGUACUCUACUUUUCUGUGAUAUGUUGGGUAUGUUUGGAUGUAUCAUACCGUCUAUCUACAGCCAUUUUGUGGGUCAGAUGGCAGAUUGGUUGUAUCAGAGGUAUCUUUCUGGUGUGCAGAGUCGCCGUAGGAGACGCUCCUAUCUGAUGCUUUCAGUUGCUGGCACGAUUUUAGUGCUUAUACUUUCAAGGAUGGCAGCCAUUUAUUAUUUUGAGAGGGAGCGACUUCGUAGACAGUUUCAUACUCAUACCUCUGCACGGAUCAUUCUUGACAUAUUUCACCUGACCGUUAUGACCAUGACUACGAUUGGAUAUGGAGAUUUCGCAUUUGCUAGUGCACAUGGGAGAGCAUUGGCCGCAUUAUGGAUUCCUUUUUAA